UUUCUGUCAUGUCUGCCAACAAAUAGGUAUUUGCAGGUUAUUGUUUGUUGUCAAAGGCGACAUUAAUUGGCAUGGGAAUUAAUUGAUCCUGUCGAUCCAACAGAGCCAAUGGAGAAGAAUACCUUCAUGUGCCUGGGGAAGGUGUCCCCGAAUGAUUCAGACCUUCCAGAAUCCAGUCUAGUGUAUCAGCACCACCUGAAUCCCAUUCUGCAUCCAUCCUCAGAUUCCACAUUCCCCACCUCGAGGCCAGUGCUCUUCGGGUGUCAACAUCCUGCGUCCUCAGCGAUUCUUCACCUGAAACACCUGCUGAAACAGCUGGAGAUGAAUCUGCGAAUUCUGAUUCGUUUCGAGAAUCCAGAGAUUAUCAAUUCAGAGAUUUCUCCACAGCUAGAUUAUUUUCUCCUACGGAAGGAAGUCGUGGAUUUUGUCUGCUACAUCCGCAAGUACUUUCUCUCGAUUCAGCCACAGCUGUCAGAUCUGCAGCAUCCCCUGGUGACUGAACUUAAGGCUGGGUACGACGAGGUGCUGUUCACUCUUCGUAAAUUUCACUCACGCCUGAAGAAUAUCUCGUUUCACUCGGCCUCGAUCCUGGGGAACAGAACACCUCAGCCAGUGUUUCACCUGUUUCAUGUGCACCUGGAGCUUCGCUGGCAGAUGCUGUGUCUGGUGCACCAGCAGAUUCUCCAGGAUCAGAGCCAGGAGCAAAAUGAUCGGUUUAAUCGAGCCCUGGAAUUGCUGAUCCAGGAUCUCGUUUUCAUAUCUCUGAAGGCCUUUCAACGAAUUGAUCCCCCAGAUCUCAUGCUGAAGACCCCCUUCAGCUGCUCGUGUCUUCGAGACCUCUGGCUCGCCCUCCAGCUGACGAUCCCCAGGAUAUCCGAGCACCUGGACAAUCGCACCUUCUGGAGCUAUGUAAACCCCAGCCUGGACAGAGUAAUUCACGCGAAUGGAGGAAAUACCACCGAGAAAGUCCUGUCCUGGAGCAGUUCAGAGAAAUCUCCUUACAAACUCGACACGAAGAGCCCAGAGAUCUUCUGCCUGUGGAUGAUUUUUCACCUGACUCUUCUCCAGAGCACCUUCAGCCCCUCGACGUUAAAAUCCAACUGCCAACAGUCUGAGAAGAUUCUAAAAUCAUUUCUGGAAAGGGGAGGAAAGGAAGGGGAACGCGAUGAGAUUGACGAGGAGCUGAAGAUCAUGAUUCCAAUCCUGAAGAUUAUGAUUCUGGAAUUCUGGAAGGAGAGGGACUCCUCUGUGAGGAUUCUCAGUUAUUUAUGGGACUGUUUCCACAGACGACUGGAUCAGCCAUUUCUCGUUCAAACUGGGGGCCCCUGGAGUCUCUCCCUGGAGAAGAAGACCCCUAGGGACAUCCUCAGACAGACUAGGGAAAGAAUAUUCGGAGAUAAUCCCAAGGAGUCGAGCUUUGGGAUGUUCCUGAAACUCCUGGGGAUUGUUCUCAAGGAGAAUCACGAGAAGGGUGAGAUGAAGGUGUGGAAUCAGAUCCGAGGAAAGAUUUACUCCAAGUUCUCCAAGAGUAAAGUGAAGGAAUUCUCGGAGGUGAGGCUCUUCAAUCUGAUAUCAUUGCUGCUGACGAUGGGGAUCACAGCUGAUCCUGAGGGUGUCGUCAAGGUGAUGAUGGAGUUGCUCCCCAGUGCUCUUGGUGGUGGGGAAGAGAGUGUUCGAAGGGCGAGUCUGUCUUUCAAGGGGCAAUUGUGUGGCGCUGUUCUGCUGAUGGAGAAGGGCCUGGACAUGAGUGCCACUGGAGAAGAACUGAAGGAAGUGGUGGGUGUUCUCAGUACCAGGAGGGACGAGGCUACCAGGGGUAUGAUGAGUAUCUUUGUGGAGACGAUAAAGGAGUCACUCGAAAAAUCAAAACUCCUGAACAAUGAGCACCACCUCAUCGGGGGUUGGGUUGAUCGUUAUCUACUGGAGUGCCCCAAGAGCCGGGCUGGGACUGUCCUGAAGAUGCUGCUAGUUCUUCUCCAGGGCUCACGCGCCCUCGACAUUCAAAAUACCGGUGGAAAAGAGAUGCUCGAGGUGCUGUGGUCGUCAGCAGCUGCCAGGGUGCGAGCCCUCGUAUAUGACAACGACCUGACAGUGGAAAAUUGCGAGGACAUUGGAAAAUUGGCAGCUGACUUCACCCUGGAGGCUCUCAGGCGUCCCAGAAUGGCUGAGAGCCAUAAACACUCAGCCCUGUCCCUCUUCAGGCACUUCACAUCAACGAUUUAUGUCAAAGACGUCAACAUCUCCAGGACUUAUUUGUCGAUAAUUCUGGAGGAUAAAGCAGCAGUCAAUGAUUUGAAGCAACUCCUGGAGAACUUUGAUCACCUGAUGAUCCAGGUGUGGCUGAAGUGCUCCAUCUCCGAUCUGGACUCAUCCUCGAAGACCUUGAAGUCGUAUUUAGUGGACGUCGAGCCUAUCCGCACGCUCUUCCCUUCCUGGCGUGAGUCUGUGGACUUUAAAACAUCGAACACAUCUUUUCUUCUCUUUCUUAAUACUCUGAACACCUAUCGGGCAUCCCUGGCUCCCUCGGAGCUUCCACCUCUGGACAAACAGAUUUGGGGAAUGUUCCUGACACUCGACAAAUGGGUCCUCAACCCCAUUAAACCCUCCACCGUGGACUCACCCCUUUCUCUCCUGAUCUAUCGUUGCCUGGGGACGAUUAUUCUCACGUGUGCACCAAUCCUCUACACCUCGACCCCGAGUAAUCCCCUCCGCAUCCUCAUCACCAAGAUGAUGCUACCUGGAGACGAGAAUUUCCACCUGAAGCAACUGGGGAAAAAAGUAUUUUCGAUGAUUCUUCUGGGGCUGCAAACCAUCCCCUACAGACAGGACCGAAUCCUUCAGAAGAUCAUCGUCGAUCUCUUUGACGUCUACCUUCCCCUCCUCAUUACCGAACACAAGAGCUUCAGAGUCGCUGAUCAGCUGAUAAAUCUCUUCAGAGAGGUAACAGACGACUUCUUGGACGUAAUUUUUGACAAGUUGUCUGGGAAUUAUCUGGUCGUCGAGGGUAACGAGUUGAGGAAAAAUUCCUACCUGCUGAUGGAGAUGAUGAGGGGACUCUUGAGAGAGGGCGGAAAAAAAUCGUUGGUGGAGGUUAUUGCGGGUAAAGUGCUGAGGGCGGUAAUCGAGGGUUUCCUCAGGGUUCACGAUCUUCAUCCUCACAGGAAGCAGACCCUCGACCUCCUCCAGGAGCUCAGGGCCAAUAACUUUUACAGCGAGGAGGUGGUGAGGCGAGUUAUUUGUGGGGUGAUUUGUGGGAGGGUGAGGGAAAUGACGAAAGGAUGUUUCGAAUUUUUGCGCGAAUUGCUCAAGGUCGAUAGGGCACUGGCCCUGAAGAUUAAGGACGGGGUGGAGGACGUUGUUGCUGAGGCUGAGAGAGGUGGAAUGAUUCAUGCUGGGGCACUGAGAUAUGCCCUGGCGAGAUUCAACGAAACAUUGGCCUUAAACCUGUGAAUAAUUUUAAUAUAUUAAAGAAAAUCUACAGCAAAACACUAAAAAGAUAAUUCUAUUGAAUUAAUCUAUAGAAAAUAUUCUGUACAAAUAGAAUCCAAUUUUUAUGUACAUCACAUUUUUGCUACUUUUUUAUGUAUCGACAUUUUCGGGGUUUUGCUAUGAAAUUUUCAAUUUAUGUAGAUUUUAAUUUGAGAAAAUGGUUUAGUCAUAAGCAUUGAAUUUAUUGGCUCUUAUAUAACUGAUUGACUCGAUGAAAUCGAAGAAAUCGUUUAUUCAUCUGUACUAAAUUAAUUGAGUCCUGUGUAAGUAAUUGAAUUAAUGUACGUGGAAGAAGUCUGAAGUUCCAAAUAUUUUUUAUAGAACACUGUUUUUACAAUUAAAUGUGUCUGGCUGUUUAA